UUGAAUGCAUAUGGCAGUUUCAAGGCCCUUUUGUAGUUUUCUCUCGUGUAGGAAUUAAAUACACAUAUUAUUUUCUUUCUACCUUAGUGUCAGUACAUAAAAACAAAGGUUACAAUAUUAUAGAACUUUGUGUUAUCUUACAUUAAAUUAGGGUAUUAAAUUUAUUUGGUGGUUUAAAGUGUAACAGAAAGGAGAAUAUAGGCAACUUGUUCCAUCGUAUCAGUGACGCCAUUUUGUUGAAGUCAUUGUAAAUUAAGAGGUACCCCUGGUACUUUCUAUUUAUUGCGUUAUAUGUAAGGUACUUAUUAAAGUAUUUUGAGUAUUUAUGCAAUAAUGGCUGACAACAGUUCAAAGGAACCUCCUUUGCAAACUAUGAAUGGUAUGCCACCCAACCAUAAUCCAUGGAUGUAUGGUAUUUAUCAGUAUAAUGGGUAUCACUCUGGUAUGUACCCGCCAUACUACAACCAAUAUUUUAAUCAAAUGGGCAAUAAUGGAGGAUACCUCAAUAAUUCUCAUCAAUUUCAACAUAAUAAAGACCACAAAAAUGAAUUUGGCCAUUCUCCAUUUUCAAAGCCACCUCCCACAGCCCCAUUGCUCGGUAUGUCACCACUUGAUACUAGUCGACCCUUUUUUAACCAAUCUCCUAUUAGAUUCAAUUUGAAUGGGAAUAGAAAGUCUGCCCCAAUUCCUCAAAAUGAAAAUCCCCUUUUGGGGAAUCCAGGCUGUGCAAAAAAGAAGCGUAAAAAAGGUAACAAAAUAUUUGAUGAUGAUUUGAACACUUCUCUAAAUACAUUGCCUCCACUGCCAGACCAUCCUCCACCUUUACCUCCAUGUCCACCCCCUGACAUCCCUAAACCCCCACCACCACCCCUUGAUGUACCUCUACCUCCACCACUGGCAACUGAGGACAUACCUGAGCCACAAGAAGAAUCGAUCCAAGGUGAUAAUGUUAAAGACAAUCAAUUUAAUGAACCCUAUAAUAUUGAGUCUUCUAACAUUUUAAAAUCUUCUCCAAUAUGUCAGUCAUCAGCUGGAACAUGGCCAGAAAGUCUUGAGAGAUACAUUAAAAGAUGUUAUGAAAAAUGUAAAACAACUAUUGAUCGUGAUCAAAUUGAUAUAUGCUUAAAGGGACGUAUAACAGCAGCUGCAAAUAAAGAUGAAAUAUGGACCAGAAAUUGGGAUGAAGAACCCAUACCAAGUGUUCAUAGUGAACGUAAUACGUUAUCUGUUAAACCUGUUCGGGGUACAUUGUCUUUAUAUCAAAAGUCUGAAAUAGAACCAUCAAAAUCUAAAAAUAGUUUAUCUCCCCGAGGAAUUAAUGUUCAUAAAGGUUCUCCUCAAAGAAGAAGGAGACAACAUUCAAGAAGCAAGUCUAGGAGUCCUCCAAGAAAGAGAUUAAGUGCAUCUUCCGUUUCCAGUGAUGAGGUUGAUGAUAAGAAAACCAUCAAAAGUAAAACCCGACAAAAAGUUAAAGAUCGCCUGUCACUUGACAUCAAGAAACAAGAAAAGUAUAACAAAAAUGCUAAAAAGAAGCCCACAUACAAUCAAUUUAUUGUGGAUGAUUUGCAAGGAAAUGCUGAAAAACUUCAAAAGAGGGCAGAAAGAUUUGGAAAUUCAAGUCACAUACCCACCAUAGCAAGUUCUAUUCAAGCAGGCAGGGAGAGUUGUAGGAGACCUGAGCCAAGUGUCAAGAAACCAAUUAUUCAUGAUACGGAAGGAGAAUAUGAAUUGAACAAUGUGCAUAUAGUGGGCACUUGUUUAGACAUAGAAAAAUCAUUUUUAAGACUCACCAAAGCACCAGAAGCUUGUGAAGUUCGACCUGUGUCUGUACUUAAAAGUUCAUUAAAAAAUGUCAAAGAAAGGUGGAUAGAUAAACAAGAUUACAGAUAUGCAUGUGAUCAGUUAAAAUCAAUUAGACAAGAUUUAACAGUUCAAGGUAUAAGAGACAAUUUUACAGUAGAAGUCUAUGAAACUCAUGCACGAAUAGCAUUAGAAAAAGGGGAUCAUGAAGAAUUUAAUCAGUGUCAAACCCAACUUAAAAUGCUUUAUGGAGAAUUGCCAGAAAGUAGAACAAAUACUGCAGAGUUCACUGCAUAUAGAAUUUUAUAUUACAUAUUCACUAAAAAUACAUUAGAUCUAACAACCAUAUUUCAGUUUCUUUCAAAGGAAGACAGAGAAAAUGAAUGUAUUAAACAUGCACUUCAAACAAGAUGUGCUUGGGCAACAGGAAACUUGCACAAAUUUUUCUUACUUUAUAAAACAGCUCCACUAAUGGCCGGCUAUCUCAUGGACUGGUUUGUGGAGAGAGAAAGGAAGCUCUAUCUCAAGUACAUCAUAAAGUCCUACAGGCAGACAGUUCCCGUGGACUUCAUCGUUCGGGAGCUGGCAUUUGAGUCGAGUUCUAAGGCAUUUGAGUUCUUAAAUCAGUUCCCUCUAUCAUAUACUGGCUGUGAUCAGAAUCAAAUUGAUUGCAAGGCCAGUCUCCCAGCUGUAGCAAGUAUAUAACAUUUUCUGUUAGAUAGCCGUCCUGUAAUAGUAGCGUGUUGUUGCGUGGUGAUGUAAGCAGUCACGCAAUCGCAGAGCGCGGCGCUUGAACAUGUCGCGACUCUGCCUCAUGUUAUUCUCACCUUAUUUUGAUCAGCUUAACUAGGAUGAGGCGGCAAACAACUAACACACCACACAUUAAGUUACACAGCAGAAGAAUGAAUGCAGUCUUCGCCAAGAAUGAACUAACUACUACUACGUCUGAAGAAACAAGUGCUACACAGUACGGGAGAUUUUUGUGUCUGAAUACAAACUAAAAAAAAUGCAGUGCUGUUAAAAAGACUCGAGAAGACUUGUACAUGUUAAAGAUUUUAAAAGUGUUGUCUUUCGUCCUCAAUUUUUUGUUUUUUUUGUAAAUAUGUAUUGUAAAUUUUUUAAUUUUAAAUUUUAUUUAAUUUUAUUAUAAAUAAUACAUGCGCAUGCAAAUUGUCACAUUUAGUGUUAAUAAAUCAUUAUUUGUUUUUUGCAUAA